AUGCUUGAAAGUAACCCGAUUCCAUCAUCAUUCGGUAGUGUUUUUUCACCCGAGCAAGUGGCAUGUGUUUGUGAAGUAUUACAACAAAGUAAUGAUAUCGAACGUUUAGCAAUAUUUUUACUAUCAUUACCAUCGUGCGAUCAUUUUCAUAAUAAUGAAAGUGUUAUUAAAGCAAAAGCGGUCGUGGCAUUUCGUCGUGGAAAUUAUCGUGAAUUAUAUCAUAUAUUAGAACGUUAUCAUUUUUCACCACAAACUCAUCCACAAUUACAACAAUUAUGGUUGCAAGCACAUUAUAAUGAAGCAGAAAAGCUGAGAGGACGACCAUUGGGAGCUGUAGGAAAAUAUCGAGUAAGAAGAAAAUUUCCAUUACCACGAACAAUAUGGGAUGGAGAGGAAACAAGUUAUUGUUUCAAAGAAAAAUCGAGAAAUACAUUACGCGAUUGGUAUACCCACAAUUCUUAUCCAUCCCCACGUGAAAAACGAGAACUAGCCGAUGCUACAGGGCUAACAACAACACAAGUUUCCAAUUGGUUUAAAAACAGAAGGCAACGAGAUCGUGCCGCCGAAGCAACUGAUAGAAAACCAUUGGAAAAUGGUGAACAUCACUCUCAAAAUGACAAUUCAUUAGAUGGGAGUCACUCAAGUGAUAGUGAUGAAAAAGGAGAUUAUAACGGCUUAUUAUCUGAAAUAGAUAUUAAACGUCCACAACUAUCGACAACAGCCGGUUCACAAUUAUACAUUGACUUUCAAAAUUGUAUUCAUAAUACUAAUAACACUACUACACAUCAUUUUUCAAAUAUGGGUGCCACUUCUCUAUUACCAAUUCCAUCGUCGUUAAACGUUUCUCAUAAUUUGAAUAAUGGGAAAAUGCCUCAACAUGAUGAUAACAGUGCAUUAAGAGAUUAUCAUUCAUUAUAA